UCUCACGAGGAGCCAGCAUCCCCCGCCAUCCUCCGCCUGCCUGCCUGCCUGCCUUGCAGUCCCAGCUCAUCCAUCUGCCCUGGGAGAAGCAGCCCUUGCCUCUCCACUCUCGCUCGCUCCCACUGGACCCUCUCCCUGCCAAGCCUCCCAUGCCGAAGCCCACCUUGUCCGUCACUUCCUUUUGUCACCGGCUUGGCAAACGGGAGAGAAAGCGGAGCUUCAUGGGAAACAGCAGCAACAGUUGGUCCCACGCGGCCUUCCCCAAGCUGGAGCUGGGCCUGGGGCCUCGCACCGCGGCCCCCCGGGAGCUGCCUGCCUGCUCCAUCUGCCUGGAGCGGCUGCGGGAGCCGGUCUCGCUGGACUGUGGCCACGACUUCUGCUUGCGGUGCUUCAGCACGCACCGCGUCCCGGGCUGCGAGCCGCCCUGCUGCCCAGAGUGCCGCAAGACCUGCCGGCAGAAGAAGGGCCUCCGUGGCCUGGGCGAGCGCAUGAGGCUCCUGCCACAGCGGCCACUGCCCGCUGCGCUGCAGGAGACAUGUGCUGUGCGUGCAGAACCGCUGCUGCUGGUGCGGGUCAACGCCUCGGGCGGUCUGAUCCUCAGGAUGGGUGCCAUCAACCGCUGCCUGAAGCACCCCCUGGCCAGGGACACCCCCGUGUGUCUCCUUGCUGUCCUCGGGGAGCAGCGCUCCGGGAAGUCCUCACUCCUCAACUGCUUGCUCCAGGGUCUGCCUGGCCUGGAAUCCGGAGACGGUGGCUGGCCCAGAGGAGGUGAAGGCUGUCUGCAGGGCUUCGGCUCUGGGAGCAACAAUGGCCUCACCAGGGGUAUUUGGAUGUGGAGUCGCCCCUUCUUGCUGGGAAAGGAGGGGAAGAAGGUGGCUGUGUUCCUGGUGGACACGGGCGAUACCAUGAGCCCGGAGCUGAGCAGAGAGACUAGGAUCAAGCUCUGUGCCCUCACAGCGAUGCUGAGCUCCUACCAGAUCCUCAACACCUCCCAGGAGCUGAAGGACACUGACUUGGACCAGCUGGAGAUGUUCACCCAGGUGGCCGAGGUGAUGGGCAAGCAUUAUGGGAUGGUGCCAGUCCAGGUGAGGCCCCCACUGCCACAUGCCAGCUCCUACCCUGUAACCAUCCCCAGCCGUGGGCAGUGGAACCCUAAUGUCUUCCAGCACCUGGACCUCCUUGUGCGAGACUCCUCCCAUCCCUGCAAGGCUGGGCAGGUGCAUGCUGGUGAUGUCCUCCAGAAAUUGGCGGGCAGAUACCCCAAGGUCCAGGAGUUGCUUCAAGGACGGCGAGCCCGCUGCUACCUCCUGCCAGCUCUGGGGCGGCGCUGGGUGGAUAGAGGCCAAGGCUAUGGCAGCCCAGGAGGUGGAGCCGAGGACGCCUGUGGCCACCUGCUUACAGCCUACGUGAUGGACGUGCUUGGUGCAGUCCCCCAGCACGCCAAGAGCCGCUGCCCGGGGUACUGGAGCGAGGGGCGCGCCGUGGCCCGGGGGGACCGACGCCUGCUCACGGGGCAGCAGCUGGCGCAGGAGAUCAAGAACCUCUCGGGCUGGAUGGGGAGGACGGGGCCUGGGUUCAGCUCCCCGGACGAGAUGGCCGCCCAGCUGCAUGACCUGAGGAGGGUGGAGGUUGCCAAGAAGGAGUUUGAGGAGUAUGUGAGGCAGCAGGACAUGGCCACCAAGCGCAUCUUCUCAGCGCUCCGUGUCCUGCCGGACACCAUGCGGAACCUGCUGUCUGCCCAGAAGGAUGUGGUUCUGGCCCGGCACGGGGCAGCCCUGCUGUGCAAGGGCAGGGAGCAGACCCUAGCUGCUCUGGAGGCCGAGCUGCAAACCACAGCCAAGGCCUUCAUGGACUCCUAUACCAUGCGCUUCUGCGGCCACCUGGCCGCGGUGGGGGGUGCCGUGGGGGCUGGGCUCAUGGGCUUGGCUGGGGGCGUGGUGGGUGCUGGCAUGGCAGCCGCUGCGCUGGCUGCCGAGGCUGGGAUGGUGGCAGCCGGGGCCGCAGUGGGGGCCACUGGGGCAGCUGUGGUCGGGGGUGGCGUGGGUGCUGGGCUGGCUGCCACCGUGGGCUGCAUGGAGAAGGAAGAGGACGACCGAGUGCAGGAGGGAGACCGUGAGCCCCUUCUCCAGGAAGAGUAA